AUGCCUAGAGUUAAGGAGCAGGUACCUGUUGUUGAUGAGUGGAUGUCUAGAAUUGAGGAGCGGGUGAUUGUGGCUGAUGAGGGGGUUGUUGAGGAGCGGGUGGUGCAUGAUACAGACACCACCACAGGUGCAUCUGCAGAGCCAUUAGUACACACUAAUGAGGCUUUUCCAAGAGGACCUUCUGACAGGUCCGUUUUGACAGAAUAUGUUGACCAUGUCGCUUUUAGGAUAUGGCAGGGCGAGGAGCGUCCAGUGCUGAAGGUCACUUCUCACGGGUCGAAGUUGAAGAACUUUCCCGAGAGACCGAUGUCUGAUGAGGUGGCGAGGAUAGUUCGAGAGUUCCUUUUGUUGGACUUUGUUGAAUGCUUCAUGACGAUGUUGGAUGCCCCUCUAUUAUCAGCUUUUAUAGAGAGAUGGCACCCGGAGACAUCAUCCUUCCAUCUUCCAUUAGGGGAGAUGACAGUGACUCUGGAUGAUGUGCAUUCCCUGUUUCACCUUCCGAUAGCUGGUAUGUUUUUUAAACCAGUUCAUAGGGACCAGGCGAAGGAGGUGCACAUGGUGAUGGAUGUGUUAGAGGUUGGAUGA